AUGUCCACAAUUGAUAUCACAAGGGACUUAUCGGCGCUCUUUAUUGAACAGGUGCAUGUGACGCCUAACGCUGUUGCUCUAGAGGACGCAAAAAACCAAUACACCUAUUCUGAGCUGGAUAACAAGGUCUCAGAGCUUGCUCUUCGUCUCCGCAAGCACGGCGUUGGUAGAAACUGCCUUGUUGGCGUGCUCCUUGGCCGCAGCGCCGACUAUGUGAUUGCCUGCCUGGCUGCCCUUCGUGCCGGUGGAGCUUUUCUUGUUCUCGAACUUGCGUACCCUCCAAAUCUUCUUGCCGAUGUCCUCGAUGAUUCGAACCCAACUGUUGUAAUCACGAAUCAGUGUCAGGCCGGAAAAAUCGACGCUCGCAUCCCGUUAAUUGUCUUUGAUGAACAAACAACAACAGAACCCCCCCUGGACGUUAAAGAGCUCCCCCCAUUGCCUGCAGACAAUGAUUUGGAACGAUAUGCUUUCGUAUCUUAUUCGUCCGGAACUACUGGGCGGCCUAAGGGAAUCGUAAAUUCACAUAGGGCACCCGUACUGUCAUACAACCUCAGAUUCGGUAUUUCUGAUCUUCAACCAGGUGACCGUGUGGCCUGCAAUGUCUUCUUUAUCUGGGAAAUCCUGCGCCCGCUUUUGCGAGGCGCAACAGUUGUUGCAGUUCCAGACGAUGUGAGCUAUGAUCCGGCUGCCCUGGUUGACCUCCUCUCCACAAAGCGCAUCACGGAAACCCUCAUGACACCCACGCUUCUGGCUGCAGUCCUCUCAAGACAUCCAGCCCUUGGAGCACGUCUCCCAGAUCUACGCACUCUGUGGCUUAACGGUGAAGUCGUCACCACUGACUUAGCCCGUAGAGCAAUCAAAACCCUUCCAAACACGCGGUUGUUGAAUUGCUACAGUGCCUGCGAAACCCAUGAGAUCGCUUGCGGAGAUAUCAGAGACAUGCUUGAUAACGAAGCCCUGUACUGCCCUGUUGGGCCGCCAUUAUGCCCAAAGGAAACGUAUGUUCUUGGUGAAGACGGUCAGCGUGUGGAACCCGGGGUUAGUGGAGAGCUUUUCAUUGGUGGACCACUGCUGGCACAAGGAUAUAUUAACCGUCCUGAAACUACUGCCAAAGCUUUCGUCCCAAACCCAUUUGAUACAGCACCUGGCUCUGUAAUGUACAGAACCGGAGAUGUCGCUAGGCUCCUUCCCUCAGGGCUUCUGGAAAUUAGCGGUCGCGUUGGGGCUAUGAUCAAGCUCCGCGGUUAUUCAGUCGUUCCAGGAAAGGUGGAAAAUGCUAUAGUCAAUCACCUUGCAGUCAGGGACUGUACUGUGAUAGCCCACGGUGAAGGUUUGGAAAGGCAACUGGUAGCAUACAUUGUCCGUGAUAAAGAAAACUCCCUAGGACACCCAACUGUAGAAAUCAACGAAUCAGGACACAGUCCAGCAGCACGGCGAAUUCUUUCUCCAUAUUUGGCUCACUACAUGAUUCCAGUCUUAUGGGUUGAACUAGAGGAGCUACCCACUCAUGAGGUCUCAGGUAAAGCCAACCUUAAACGUCUUCCGCCUCCUCCGGCACCCAAACCGAUAACAAACGGACACAAGAUUGAAAAAGACCCAAUCACCGUCGACGCUAUUGCUGAAUUUUGGGCCGCAGUUCUUAAAAUAGCACCAAGUGCUAUAACCCCAGAACACAGCUUUUUCGAUUUGGGUGGACAUUCCCUAUCAAUCGCAGAUCUUGCUUCGAGGCUAUCGAAAAACUUUGGUUUCCACAUCCCACCUGGCCGUCUUGUGGACCCGCCAACGCUCGGUGGUCAUUUGGAACUUAUACGUGCUGUAAGAGACGGACAUACUGCGGCAUUGCAAGCAGAUUUGCCAGCUGUUCUCCGUGCAGAUUCCACUCUUGAGGAGAACCUUCGGCCUUCUGGUGCAAAGAUAUGCUCACUCUCCGAAGCAAAUACAGUUUUCCUCACAGGUGCCACUGGCUUUUUGGGAGCUUUCCUCCUCCAUGACAUAUUGGAAACCACUUCCGCCAAAAUUAUAUGCCUUGUACGUUUCAACGAUCCUUCGGGGGAAGAUGGUCCUAGCGGCGUGGCCAGAAUACGCAGGAAUCUCCUUGAUCUGGGCCUAUGGCGGGACUCGAUUAUGGAACGCGUUGAGAUCCUUCCUGGGAAUCUAUCUCGGAAACGUUUCGGUCUGUCUCCCGAGGCCUUCGAAGCGCUUGCUACUCGUGUUCAGGUCAUCAUCCACGCCGCUGCCACUGUCAACCUUGUAUACCCAUAUGCUGCACUACGUGGCGCCAAUGUAGGCGGAACAAGGGAGAUACUUCGCCUAGCUUGUUUUUCCGGCGCUACAGUACAAUAUGUGUCCACUAACGGAGUUUUACCGCCCUCUCAAAAAGGCUGGCCUGAAGAUGCUAUGCUUGACGUAUCCGAAGUUCCAGAGAAGCUGCAUGACGGAUACGGCCAGACAAAAUGGGUGGCAGAACAGCUUGUGCUCGAAGCUGGUCGUCGAGGUCUACCGGUGAGGAUAUUUCGAGCAGGCACAAUUAGCGGUCACAGCACUACAGGUGCAGGUAACGCAUGGGAUCUCUUAUCUGCAUUAAUUGUAGAAUCAAUACAUAUCGGCUAUGCUCCUGAUGUGGAGGGCUGGCGGGCGGAAAUGACUCCGGUAGAUUUUGUCAGCAGAGCCAUAAUCCAUCUUUCCAAUCAGACCCACGCCAAUCGGGUUAUUUUUCAUCUCGGCGAUCCAAACCCCGUCGACGCCCGAACAGUAUUUGAUAACCUCAAGGACCUCGGAUACCCCACCCAAAAGAUAGGAUGGGAUGAAUGGGUUGCAUUGUGGAAUGAGAAAAGGGGUUCUUCCAGAGGCGGUGAUGGGGCUUUUACUGUCGACAUCCUUCGCAGUGGCAUGCCAACUGUCGAGUUCCUCAGGCGCAUUGUGGUGCUGAACAACGUUGAAACCAGAUUUUUUCAUGGCGAAGUUGAACGCCCAAAGGUUGAUAUUGUGUUGCUCGAAACAUACACUCGCCAUUGGUUUGCUCGAGGAUGGCUCCCACGCCCUUCAUCCCGUAAACAUUGUUUCAACGGGACUGUACAACCUGCACACAAGAGACCAUUAAGUGGACGUGUAGCAGUGGUCACCGGUGCAUCCUCCGGUAUUGGCGCGGCCGUUGCUGCGGCGCUGGCACGAGAGGGUGCACACGUUGCUCUGGGUGCACGACGCACUAAAGCGCUUGAAGCUAUCAAGAGCACUCUCCCCCUCCGCGACAACAAAGCCAUCAUCCGCCAAACUGACGUAACAGACAAGGCACAGGUCGAAGCGCUAGUCCACGCAGCCGAUGAAGAGCUUGGUCCGGUUGAUAUUCUCGUGGCAUGUGCUGGAGUCAUGUACUUCACGAUGAUGGCGAACACGCACAUUGAGGAGUGGGAUCGGACUGUCGACGUAAAUUGUAAGGGUCUCCUCCACUGUCUCGCGGCCACCGUACCAUCGAUGCUUUCACGCGGAAGCGGUCACAUUGUCGCCAUAUCGUCCGAUGCAGGGCGUAAAGUCUUCCCUGGCCUAAGCGUCUAUUCUGCCAGCAAGUUCUUUGUCGAGGCCACGCUGCAGGGCCUGCGACUGGAGACUGCCGGAAAAGGCCUGCGUGUCACGAGCGUACAGCCAGGAAAUACCGCUACUGAUCUCUUGGAGAUGUCCACGGAUGCUGAAGCCGUCAAAAAAUAUGGUGAGCCGUCCGGAGCACAGAUUUUGUAUCCGGAAGAUGUGGCAAAUUCGAUUGUUUAUGCGCUACGACAGCCUCCGCAUGUCGCCGUAAACGAAGUACUUAUUGAACCUCGUGACGAGCCAAUAUAG